AGGGAAAACAAAACGUAGAGAAAAAUUCUCAUAUUAAAGCAAAACACAAGCACUUUUUCUUUUCAUUUUCAGCAAACCAAUUCAAUCUCAUAGCUCUCAAGCAUUCAUCCAUUCUCGCGUUCUUUGAAGAUUUUCAGUUGAAAAUUCAAACAAUGGACUCUGUAGCAGAAUCUCAGCGAACUCUGACCCCGUAUGUGACUGGAUCAUCUGUGGUUGCAAUCAAAUACAAAGAUGGAAUUCUCAUGGCUGCUGAUAUGGGAGGUUCCUAUGGGUCUACCCUGAGAUACAAGAGUGUUGAGCGGUUGAAGCCUGUUGGGAAACAUUCCCUUAUUGGUGCCGGUGGAGAAAUAAGUGAUUUUCAAGAGAUUCAACGUUACCUCGACGAGCUUAUUCUCAAUGACAAUAUGUGGGAUGACGGGAAUUCUCUCGGGCCUAAGGAGGUGCACAACUAUUUAACUCGGGUGAUGUAUAAUAGGCGUAACAAGUUCGACCCUUUGUUGAACUCCCUUGUACUUGGUGGUGUGAAGAAUGGUCAAAAGUACCUUGGCGUGGUCAACAACAUUGGAAUUAAUUAUGAAGACAAUCACAUAGCUACUGGGCUCGGAAAUCUUCUUGCUGUGCCCCAUCUCCGUGAUGAGUGGCAUGAAAAUUUGAGCUUCGAGGAAGGCGUCAAGUUACUGGAAAAAUGCAUGCGUACGCUUUUAUAUCGCGAUAGGUCUGCUGUCAACAAAAUACAGAUGGCUAGAAUGACUGAAGAAGGUGUAACUAUGUUCCCACCAUACUCAUUAAAAACAUACUGGGAGUUCUCUGCUUUCAAAAAUCCCACAGCUGGCGCGGAAGGCUCGUGGUAACGAACCUUAGUAUUUUUUUUACAGAAAAAAUCUACCUAAACUGUAAUUUCACUUAGUUUACUCUUGAAUGAUAGUCAUCAAUGUCAUUUUCCUUUUCCCAUUUCUAAUUUGCACUAUUGCUCAUAAUCUGUGCCAAAGAAGAAAAAAAAGGAUUGUAUUCUAUCAAGUUUUUCUCUCUCACGUUCUCUUCAA